GCAGCGAUUUAGGGGGGGUGAUUUUAUUAUUCACUUUUUAACAUGCACCACGCUUGGGUGGGAGUCGAUGCCCACUCGGGGAGCUGAGCGUCACCAGCCCCUGCAAUCCCCUGCAGGCUGAGGCUUGGGGGGCAGUGAACGGGCGUUUGGGCGCUGCAAAGCCCCGGUCCCCUUGAGACAACUAGUAACUUUGAAUUGCGUGUGUCGGGAUCAAAACAGCCAGCUGCAAAUUCUGGCCGGUCAGCGACAGGAACUUCCACGAAGAAAGGAGGGGGCUCGAGUGGGGCUGGUUCCGUGAUUUCCUCCCCCAAUGCAGUCUAGCAAAAAAUCCGGCUUGAUUCCCCCCCCCAAGACAGCCUCAGACUGGAAACUGGGGGCCAUUCACUGAUCCUGCAUGCUACGCCCUGUUUUAAAUGGCUGAACAAUGCUGAGAGUCAAGGGAGUGUCUUCAGCCCCGGAAAGGGGGGGCUGCGCCAUUGCCUGCCCCCCCCAGCCGCAGAAGAAAGUCAUGCCUGUGAUGAGCUCUGCAGACUUGGUGACUUCCAGCCUCAGCAGCCCUCAGAUGCACUCCAUCCCGGCCAGCUAUUUCACGCAGCUGUACCCCCAGAGUGUGGCUGCCGCCCCCGCAUCCAGGGGCAGCUGUCUCUACGCUACCCCGCAUGGACCUGAAAUCAAAACCAUCCGAUCUGCCUCUGCGGGAAGGCUGCCGGCCAAAAGGAAGCUGGAUCUGGAAGGGACCGGCCAGCCGGGCAUCCCAGAAUUCCGGACACCCAAGGGGAAGGGCAGGACGGUCACUCGAAUCCCCAGCCCCAAAACCCCCAAGUCGCCCGGGGAGAAGACGCGGUACGACACCUCCCUGGGACUGCUGACCAAGAAGUUCAUCCACCUGCUGAGCGAGUCGGAGGACGGGGUGCUGGACCUGAACCGGGCGGCCGAAGUGCUGGAGGUGCAGAAGCGCCGGAUCUACGACAUCACCAACGUGCUGGAGGGGAUUCAGCUCAUCCGGAAGAAAUCUAAGAACAACAUCCAGUGGAUGGGCACAGGAAUUUUCGAGGAUACCUCUGUGACGGUGAAGCAGCAGUCCCUGCGCCAAGAACUGGCAGAGCUGGCCAAGACCGAGAGAACGUUGGAUGAGCGCAUCCAGGACUGCACCCUCCAGCUGAAGCACCUGACAGAGGACGAGACUAACCAGAGGUUAGCAUAUGUCACCUACCAGGACAUCCGCGCCAUCAGCAACUUCCAGGAGCAGACGGUGAUAGCGGUCAAGGCCCCCCCGGAAACCAAGCUGGAGGUGCCGGACUUCAAUGAGGAGAACGUGCAGCUCCACCUGAAGAGCACCAACGGCCCCAUCGAGGUGUACCUGUGCCCCGAGGAGAUCCUGGAGUUCAGCCCUGGCAAGGAGAGCAGCUUCCCCACCCCCUCCCUCCAGGACAGCAGCGAUGGCACCGACCCCUCCCCAGGGAAAGCCGAGCCCCUGAUGGAGGUGGAGGACGGGCUCCUGGACAUGCCCCAUCACCUGCUGCAGCAGACAGAGGACCAGCUGCCCUACGGCGACCCCGCCCCCUUCGUCAGCUUCUCCCCGCCCCUCGACCAGGACGACUACCUGUGGGGGCUGGAGGGGGGCGAGGGAGUGAGCGACCUCUUCGAGGCCUAUGACCUUGGCGACCUGCUGAAGAACUGAGCCGGCGAGGGGGCCCCUCUCCCUCCCCGCUAUGGUGCUAACGGCCUUGCUGGAGACCUGGGCUUUGACUUGAAGUGUGGACUCUGAGCUCCUCCCCUCCUGGCCACCAGAGCAGGGGCAUGGAGACCUCCCAUGGGGCAAGACUUCCUCCCGCUCCAUCCCACCCAUGCGUGGUCUCCGCAGUUCCUCCUCUACUCUUCGGGGCAGCUGGGGCCAGCACAGACUGGGCGUAGCAGUCAAUGCAAUACAAGACCCCAGAGGGCAACCUGGGGAGGAGUCUCCCACCACGUCCCCAUAGAACCUGCUGCAGGAAUGGAGUGCCUUUGCCCGUUUAUCUUUUCCCUGCCCCACACACACGCUGGUAACACGUUCCUGGCCUGUCCAGGGAUGCUGGGGCCGGGCAAGGAGCCCCUGGGAGACUGGGAUUCUUGUCAUGGAGAGUGAAUCUUGGCAUCCCGCCCCCGAAGCGACCUGUCUGUGGAACACGCAGGGCGGCUGUGUCUGGGGAGCGGAGGGGGAGUGGAACGCUCUGUGGUCUGCCAGGGGAUUUGCGUGGCGGAGCAAGAGAUCCCGUUCCCUGAAAUCUGGGCAGGGGUGGGCACGUAUUCGUCUGUGAAUGAAGAAAUCCUUAAGCUCUCGCAGCUGCUCGGGGGGCCCGUAGGGAUCUGUGACGGCAGCGCAGCUGCGGGACACUUGUCUGUUUCGUUCUGCGGGGCCCGGGCGGCCCCUUUGGAUCUGACCCAGGUGGGUCUUGCUUCCCCCCUCCCUGAAUGUUUUGCUUGGAGCGUACAGGGUCUGAGCCAACCCAGAAAUGCCGAGUGAAACCCGUUUGUCAUUGCAGCCGUCAGGUGGCUUUUGAUAUGAACAGUCAGCUGAGAGUCCCUCCUUAGGGCCAUGGCCUCUAGGGGGACCUUACCAGGGACCUGCUCUGACAUCUUGUAAUGAAACUUGAAACAAGGCAAGUCUGGGGUGGAGGGUGUGGUGAGACAGGGACGCACCUGCCCACUCACCUGCGAUGGGAGGGACUCCGACUGCAUCUCCUCCCUCCCCUUCGACUGACCCUAGGCCCCACCCCCUUCCCUCCGUCCUCUCACUGAAAUGACUGGCUGCCUUCGCUCUCAGAGGGUCACUUGGAUCUGCUCCAUCUAGAUUGGUGCCAAGCGACCUGCUGUGAGCGUCACAUGUAUCCAGUCAAUGGGCUGUUGUUCCCGUGCGAGCCCCCGAGUCCAGGGUUACCCCAGAUCCUCACUGAUUGGAUCAGCCCUUCUCUAAAUUCAUUGUUAAGUUAGCGUGGGAUCCGUCUCAUCGAGUGGGAGAAGCCCCAAGUGCCACAGGCUGGGCUGGGUCCCCUAAGAGACCAACUGCCCCGCCCCUUCUCCUUCCAUGGUAGAUUCUGGGAACAGUGGAUGAAAUCUGGGAUUGCCAAGGUAGCGUAAGAGAAUUCUGAGUGCGCCGUGCCUUGUGAAAACCAUGCCGUUAACUUCCACUGUGCUUCCUGUGAGGUGGGACUAAUACCCUCUUCCAUGCCGUGCUUUGGGAUCCUCUGACGGACAGGGUCUUAGCGGUGAGAUCUGGACCAUUAUCCAUGGCGCUUGGUUUCCAGGAUGUGCCCAUGGCUUGCAGACCACUCUGGUUCACCAAUGUCGCGGUGCUGGUCGCUUAUUGACUUGCUGCUUUCUGAUUGGCUUGGCGCAUAUCAUGCUUCAGCCAAUCAGAGACCAAUCAUCUGCACACCGUGAAACAUACAAAUUUUCAGCUGUAAUUUAAACUUAAACCUGCUAGUCGGGCACUUAGUGUGAAAACUGUCAAACUUGGGUGCCUAGCGCUGCGCGCCUAAAUGAAUAUUUAUGCAGCUAAUGGUGGCUUGAUUUUUUUUGUUUUUGUUUCAGAUGUUGAGUGUGCCCUGCUCCCUCUUUGAAGUGAAAAUCAAGCCACUCAUAGGUGCCUAAAAAUGUGGAUUUGGGUGGCAAACCUGAGCUACCAGAGUUGAGAAAUUUUGAUCUAAUCUUACUUAAAUUUUACUCAGUAAGAUUUUCAAAAUCUGGCAAGGUGCUUAUCUGCAUUUUUAGGGACCUAAAUACCUCUGAAAAUUUGUCCUAUAAUAACUAGUGGCUCUGCCGUGUAGCAACCUUGUUAGCCGCAGAUUCCAGUGUGU